GGAGUAUCACUUAAACCCUACCACCCAAUUGCCCCUAUGGUCCCAAUGAAAGAGAUUAAUGCAUCAUAAUUAUCGGAUUUAGCAAGUUGAAUAUGCUGAAAGACCAUUUUGGGAAUGGAACCCUCCAAAGAUGGGACUGCACUACCCCUAAACCCCUCACCUUGACCUUCACUCCAUUUUUCACCCCCUCUUCUCCCCCAUUUAUGCUACCCAUUUGAAUCUCUUUGGCAUUCACCAAAUUCUUGAGAAACCCAAAACCCCAAAUUACCUCUCUUGCCAUAUUCCUGUUCGUCGGCUGCUUGUUCUUGCUGGUUCUGUUGUUCCUCCAUCGAUGCUGCUCCUCUUCGUUAGCUACUGUUACUGCUGUUAAUUGAGUUUCGCAGCUUCACGAUAUAAUCAUGCGUAUUAUUCACUUGUUCAGCUUGAAUAUUGGUCUUGUUCAGAGCAUGUCUUAUUGAUUUGAGUUUCUUUCUUUCAUCAUGUUAUUUGAUGUGGGUUAUAAGCCAAGUUGUGGAUCAUAUCUAGUGGUCUCAAUGUCACCAGAUAGGGGACUUUGGCAUUGGUGCAAAAAUGUUUAAAGAAUUCCUUUUCGCAUGAGGAGUAUGGGCAUGAAUCUUUGGUUUCGGAUGGCAUGGUAGGCUCAUCCUAGAAUCUCCUUGAUGUAAAUUUAAAGGUUGGAUACUUUUGGGAGAAAAUUGUAGUUUUCAGCUACUGCCUUCUGUAUGUCUCUCUCUGACUUGAGUACAAUAUUGACCAAGUGUUUGACUGUGAAUACGGCAAAACAAAUCCAUGCUCAGCUGGUUGUUAAUGGUCUCGUUGAUGUUGAGACUGAGCUGGUCCGUCAACUAGCGUCAUCUGUCCGCAAUUUUACCCCAUCUGUUGUUCGUUAUGUCAAAACUUUACUUUGUUACCUGCAAUAUCCUGACUGCUUUUCUUGGUCUUGUGUCAUACGUUCCUUCGCUCAACAUGGACAAUUCAAAGAGGCGUUCUCUCUUCAUGUUCAAAUGCAAAGAUUGGGAUUGCAGCCAAGCACAUUUUCGCUCUCAUCUUCUUUGAGAUCAUGUGCUCGUAUCCCUUAUAAGGUUGGAGGUGUUUCCAUUCAUGCGCAGGUCCACAAAUAUGAAAUUUUUCAAAGUGUCUAUGUGCGAACACCUCUUCUGGAUUUCUAUGCUAAAUUGGGUGAUAUGAAGUCUGCCAAGAAGGUCUUUGACGAGAUAGGCGAGAAGAAUGUGGUUUCUUGGAAUUCGUUGUUGGCAGGAUACUUGGCAUCUCAAGAUUUGUUGACGGCAAAACAGUUGUUUGACAAGAUGCCAUGCAAGGAUAUUGUUUCUUGGAACUCGAUGCUUUCAGGUUAUGCAAGAUCGGGAGAUAUGGAUAAGGCAUAUCUCUUAUUUCAACAGAUGCCUGAUAAAAAUAUAGCAUCUUGGAAUGCCAUGAUAAGUGGUUAUGUGGAGUGUGGGAAGAUAGAUAUGGCACGGAGUUAUUUUGAUGCUAUGCCUAAGAGAAACAACAUUUCUUGGAUGACGAUCAUUUCUGGUUACUCAAAAUGUGGGGAUGUCGAUGCCGCUCAGGAACUUUUCUUCCAUAUGCCAGAAAAUGACGUGCUUUCAUUCAAUUCCAUGAUUGCUUGCUAUGCUCAAAAUAGCCGACCAAAGGAGGCAGUCCAUUUGUUCAAUGAGAUGCUAGAGAGAAAGUUAAUUGUUCAACCUGACAAAAUGACUUUGGCUAGUGUUAUAUCCGCUUGUUCUCAGCUAGGAGACUUGGAAUUUGGCUCUUGGAUAGAGUCCUAUAUGAUAAGACUUGGUAUUGAACUGGACAAUCAUUUGGCUACAGCAUUCAUUGAUUUGCAUGCCAAGUGCGGAAGCAUUAACAAGGCUUAUGAGUUGUUCCAUGGCUUGGUUAAGAAAGAUCUAGUUGCUUAUACUGCUAUGAUAGCAGGAUGUGGGAUAAACGGCAAGCCUCAUGAUGCUAUUAAGUUGUUUCAAGAGAUGCUAGAUUCUGACAUUCACCCAAAUUUAGUCACAUUUACUGGGAUUUUGACUGCUUAUAACCACGCUGGUCUUGUUGAUGAAGGAUAUGAAUGCUUUAAUAUGAUGAGUGAGUUCAGGUUGGUGCCUUCUGCUGAUCAUUAUGGAAUCAUGGUUGACCUCCUGGGGAGGGCUGGAAGAUUAAAAGAAGCACAUGAUCUGAUUAAGAGCAUGCCAAUUCCACCUCAUUCUGGAGUUUGGGGUGCCUUGCUUCUUGCUUGCAGGUUACACAACAAUGUUGAGCUUGCUGAGAUUGCCGCACAACACUGCUUCGCUUUGGAACACGAUAAAACUGGCUAUACCUCACUUCUCGGCAAUAUCUAUGCAUUGAAUGAUAGGUGGGACGAUGCCAAUAAAGUGAAGAAGAAUUUGAAGUGUGUUGGAUCAGAAAGGAUUGCUGGUUGUAGUUGGGUAUAAAUUAGCAUUGAAGUCCUACUAAAUUUUUCAGUGAUGACUAUUCAUAUGCAGUUUACUUCACAGUAGCAUAUCUUCAGGUAUGCAACAAUCAACAUCUGUACAACUUAGCUUGAUUAAUGAUUAUAGUAUCCACCAGCAUGCUGUGUUACACGGGA